GGCCCUUUUCCCGACACAGAGCAGAUUAGAAUCUUUUCUCCUUUGAUCCAAAGGAAGAGAUGAGUAGUAGUGAUAAGGCGAAGAGAUGUCGAACACACUUCAACGGAUCCCACCACCCCGUCGUCGAUUUCUGGCGACGAGAGGUCGGUGGAAUCAUCUCUCCUCGCAACUUCUCCGAUCGCUUCUCCGCCUCCGAGAAUAUGGUUCUGCGUCUAGAGAUAUACAAGAAGCUAGCGAAGCACAAAGGCUGUGUCAACACGGUGAGCUUCAACGCCGGAGGAGACAUUCUCGUCUCAGGUUCUGAUGAUCGCCGUGUCAUUCUUUGGGAUUGGGAGCUCGGUAAUGCCAAGCUUUCCUUCCAUUCGGGCCACUCUAAUAACGUCUUCCAGGCAAAGUUUAUGCCUUUCUCUGAUGAUCGAACCAUCGUCACCUGUGCUGCUGAUGGAAUGGUUCGGCGUGCGAGUGUUCUCGAGAGUGGGAAAGUGGAGACUGUGUUGUUGGGGUUGCAUCGAGGACGAGCUCAUAAGCUGUGUAUUGAGCCAGGGAACCCUCAUGUCUUGUACACUGGUGGUGAAGAUGGAUUAGUACAACGAUUUGAUCUGAGGACUCAAGCUCCUACAGAGCUAUUCACAUGCCAAGCAGUUGAUCCCAGGAGGAGGAACACGGCAGCCGCGAAGCUAAACGCUAUUGCAAUGGACCCUAGAAACUCCAACCUCUUGGCUGUUGGUGGGAUGGACGAGUACGCUCGUCUCUAUGACAUCCGUAGACUUCAGAGAGACGGAGCUGCUGAUCAUUUCUGCCCUCCCCACCUCGUCGGCGAUUGUUACGUUGGAAUAACGGGUCUGGCCUUCUCAGAGCAGAGUGAACUCCUUGUUUCAUACACCAACGAGUUCAUAUAUCUUUUCACGCGCGGUAUGGGAUUAGGGUCGCCCCCUAUUACGCCAUCAGAACCCGCUUCUUCUACAGAAGAUGAUGAUAGCGAAAAUUCAGUUCUUCCGAUGGCUUAUAAGGGUCAUAAGAACAGUGAGACGGUUAAGGGUGUGAAUUUUUGUGGACCUCGGUGUGAGUAUGUGGUUAGUGGGUCGGACUGUGGUCGGAUAUUUAUUUGGAAGAAGAAGAGCGGAGAGCUGGUACGUGUUAUGGAAGCGGAUAGGUACAUAGUGAACUGUAUCGAGCCUCAUCCGCAUUUACCAGUGCUUGCUAGCAGCGGAAUCGAAAAUGACAUCAAGGUGUGGACCUCAAAGGCUGCUGAGAGAGCUACCUUACCUGACAACAUCGAAACGCGCAAGAGAAAGCCAAGGGGAUGGAUGUCUAGUGUAUCUUCACCACGGGAACUGUUAGCACAACUCUUCUUUCUACAGAACAGAAGCAGAUUCAGUGAAGACAGAGAAGAAGCAGAAGAAGAAGAAGGUUCUUCUUCAUACGCUGGAAGAGAACUUGUUGAUCUUAUCCUCAACUUCAAUGAUGAUGAUGAUGAUGGUGAAGAUGGUGUAAGCCUUGACGACUUCUUCUCUUAAAAUUAAAAUCAGUUAUCUUUUUACACAAAACUUGUUUUUGAAUAAUUUGUGUAAAUAUUUAUCUCUGUUCCAUUAGAAACCAAACAUAUUCACCUGUUCUGUUUUUCUUCAACCAGCGUUUCCAAUACAAUCGUUGUGUUUCAUUGUAACAUAGAAAUAAAUAAAAGUUUUUUUUAUUCUUC